AUGUCGACCAAGCGCGACGGGCUGAAGCUCUGUGCGUCAACGGAUUGUACGGCGAGUUGUAAACUCACCUUGGGCAACUUCACCCACACCUUCGCCCACCCCGAGCUCCUCAAAGAGGCCCUGACCGUCCCUAUCGCCUACCUCCCCUCCAACAUGCAAGGCAGACCCACACUACGCAAAGACGGAAAGAAGCUGGCGUUCCUGGGUGACUCAGCCCUGAAGACCAUCAUGGCGACGUCGUGGGCGGCGGUAGAUGGACAGGAUUCUCUUUUCUGGACGACGCACUUCGACAACGGCAUCGGCAAAGACUCCUUCCUGGGGCGCCUGGGCGACGCCAUCGGCAUCUUGCACCACCUCGUCGCCGCCGACGGAGACCGCAUGACGGCCGAGUUUUGGGAGCAGCCGCCCCUCAACCCCAACAAGAACCCGAAGCAAAAGACGAAGCUCGUCAACGAGAAGAACAAGCCCGUGCCGAGCGCGAUGGAGGCGUUGCUGGGCGCGAUCUGGACGGAUUGUUUGCGCGGUGAGCCGAGACGUGAGCCGGUCCAGAGGGUGAAGGCGUUCUUGUGGCAUUUGGGCGUUUCGUGGCCUAGAGAUGAGGAAGAGCGGGAAGCGGUGAAAGAGAUGAUUGACAUGGCAGACGAGGUGACGAAGGAGAAGAAUGAGAUUGCUGCGAAAGAGGCUGGUAUGGGCGAGGAGGGCAGUGGUCAGGCUGCUGCGGAAGGCGGGUCUUGA